AUGACAAGCCCAGCACUCCUCCACCCAACAACCUUAGACCCCCUCUCCCUCCGCAACCGCAUCUGUAUGGCCUCCCUAACCCGCAACCGCUGCACCGACGCCAACAAACCCACCCUCGCAAGUAUCCACCACUAUACAGACAGAGCGUGCGAUGGCGCGGGACUGAUUGUCGCAGAGGUAACAUUUGUGUAUCUGAAUGGGCGGAGUGGCCGCAUGCGCCGUUAUGUUCGACAAGAGUCAUGUGGAGGCUUGGAGGAAGGUUACGGAUGGGGUGCAUGGGGUUGGGGGGAGGAUUUUAUUUCAGCCGUGCCACCCUGGUGUUUUUCUUUCCUUGACUUUGAUGUUAAUAAUGAGAAUAUGCCUAUGCUUAAGAAAAUUGGGUAUCCGGUUCUGGCGCCGUCGAAGAUAAAGACUAAGGGUGGGAAGGUCCGGACGUUGGAGAGGCUUCCCGGCUACACCGAGAAUAUCGCCGAGAUCGAAGAUCCGCAAGUUAUCGUCGAACAAUGCCGUCACUCGGUGGCUUUGGCUAAAGGAAGCUUGGUUUGA